AUGUUUCGAGUUCUCCCAGAAUACAUCAUGGGCACUUUUUAUUAUCCACUUAGUAUUUGUUCUGUUCGUUGUCAUCAUCUUUGCUCGAACUACCUUCAUGGACCCGGGCUACUUUCCUCUCUCGACACUGAGGCCAACUACUAUGAUGAUAUAGAUGCUCCGCUUUUUCAUGAAUAUGAGGUUCGUGGGACAGUAGUCAAGAUGAAGUGGUGCAGCACUUGCAGGUUUUAUCGGCUUCCACGGUCGACACAUUGCUCAACGUGUAACAAGUGUGUUGAGAACUUUGACCAUCAUUGUCCCUGGGUAAACAAUUGUAUAGGCAGACGAAAUUAUCGAUACUUCUUGACCUUCUUGGUUGCGCUUUCGCUUGAUAUGGUCGUUGUUUUCUUCGUUUCUUUGCUUUUUAUUAUUGUCGUCCUCAUGGCCUUCGUCGGGAUGAUUUUUUUGCCAGUCUUUAGUCUUACUAUGUUUCAUGUCGGCAUUCUUUCAAAGGGAUAUACUACAAAUGAACAUGUGACAAAGAAGUUUCCUUCCAAGUCUAAUCCAUACUCUGCUAACUGUUCAAGUCACUGGACGCGGCUUUGCUGCACCUCCGAGUAUCCGUCGUAA